AACCCGUGAAUGGCUGUGGAAAGGGGCCGGGGGGGUGGGGGACGCGGGCCCGCGCUUGUGGCACGGGGGGGCGGCGGCGCUAGCGGCGGCUUCUCCGCGUCCUGCCACCCCGGGAAAGCGCUGCCUGCCGGGAGRGGAAGGCCGAGAUGGAUCCCAACAGGAUCAUCCAGGCGCUGAAGGGCACCAUAGACCCCAAGCUGCGUGUCGCCGCCGAGAACGAGCUCAACCAGUCCUAUAAGAUCAUCAACUUUGCUCCAAGUCUGCUGCAAAUCAUAGUAUCUGAUCAAGUUGAAUUUCCAGUGCGUCAAGCAGCUGCCAUUUACCUGAAGAACAUGGUGACACAGUACUGGCCGGACCGUGAGCCACCUCCUGGAGAAGCAGUUUUUCCAUUCAACAUUCAUGAAAAUGAUCGUCAGCAGAUUCGGGAUAACAUUGUAGAAGGAAUAAUUCGUUCUCCUGACUUAGUGAGAGCCCAGCUGACAAUGUGCCUCCGUGCUAUCAUUAAACAUGACUUCCCUGGCCAUUGGACAGCUGUGGUAGACAAGAUAGGAUACUACCUGCAGUCUCCAAACAGUGGGAGUUGGCUKGGGAGCCUCCUGUGUCUCUAUCAGCUGGUGAAGACUUAUGAAUACAAAAAGGCAGAGGAGCGAGAUCCUCUCAUAGCAGCCAUGCAAAUAUUUUUGCCUCGGAUUCAGCAGCAGAUGAUCCAGCUYCUGCCUGAUAACUCCCAUUACUCUGUACUGCUGCAGAAACAAAUCUUAAAAAUCUUCUAUGCUCUUGUUCAGUAUGCAUUGCCCCUCCAGUUGGUGAAUAACCAGACUAUGACUCAGUGGAUGGAGAUCUUCCGGACCAUCAUUGAUAGAAAUGUACCGCUGGAGACUUUGCAGAUUGAUGAAGAUGAUAGACCAGAGCUGGUGUGGUGGAAAUGCAAGAAGUGGGCAUUGCAUAUUGUCGCUCGUCUCUUUGAACGCUAUGGAAGUCCUGGAAAUGUGACUAAAGAAUACUUUGAAUUCUCAGACUUCUUUUUAAAAACAUAUGCUGUGGGCAUACAGCAGGUUCUCUUAAGAAUCUUAGACCAGUACAGGCAAAAAGACUAUGUUGCACCACGUGUUCUUCAGCAAACGUUGAAUUAUCUGAACCAAGGGGUGAUUCAUUCUAUYACAUGGAAGCAAAUGAAGCCACACAUACAGAGUAUAACAGAAGAGGUGAUAUUCUCUCUGAUGUGCUACAAAGAUGAGGAUGAGGAGCUCUGGCAGGAGGAUCCAUAUGAAUACAUCCGCAUGAAAUUUGAUGUAUUUGAGGAUUAUGCAUCCACAACAACAGCAGCACAGAAUCUCCUUUAUACUGCUGCAAAGAAGAGAAAAGAGGUGUUACCAAAAAUGAUGGCAUAUUGCUAUCAGAUUCUGACAGAGCCAAACAUUGAUCCAAGGAAAAAAGAUGGAGCUUUGCAUGUUAUAGGAUCCUUAGCGGAUAUUUUGCUGAAGAAGAGUGUCUUCAAGGAUCAAAUGGAGCUGAUGUUACAGAAUCAUGUGUUUCCCUUGUUCAUGUCAAACCUGGGGUACCUCAGAGCUCGAUCCUGUUGGGUACUKCAUUCAUUCAGUGCUUUGAAAUUUCACAAUGAGCUAAACUUGAGGAAUGCAGUAGAGCUGACAAAGAAGAGCUUGAUUGAUGAUAAGGAAAUGCCUGUCAAAGUAGAAGCAGCCAUAGCCCUUCAGACCUUAAUAAGCAACCAAGAGCAAGCCAAGGAAUAUGUGAAGCCUUAUGUAAGGCCAGUGAUGCAGGAGCUCCUGCACAUUGUCAGAGAGACAGAAAAUGAUGAUCUUACCAAUGUAAUCCAGAAAAUGAUCUAUGAAUACAGCCAGGAAGUCGCUACUAUCGCUGUGGACAUGACUCAGCACCUGGCUGAAAUAUUUGGUAAAGUACUUCAGAGUGAGGAAUAUGAGGAAGUAGAGGACAAAACGGUUAUGGCCAUGGGCAUCUUGCACACAAUUGACACGAUCCUGACAGUUGUGGAAGAUCACAAGGAGAUCACUCAACAGCUUGAGAGCAUUUGUUUACAGAUCAUUGGCCUUGUUUUGCAGAAACAUGUUAUAGAGUUUUAUGAAGAAAUUUUAUCCUUGGCCUUCAGCUUAACAUGCCAGAUGAUUUCACCUCAGAUGUGGCAGCUUUUAGGUGUUCUGUACGAGGUUUUCCAGCAGGAUUGCUUUGAAUAUUUUGCAGAUAUGAUGCCUCUCUUGCAUAAUUAUGUGACCAUUGACACCGAUACUUUACUGUCUAACCCAAAGCAUUUAGAAAUCAUUUACUCUAUGUGUAAAAAGGUACUGACAGGAGAUGCAGGAGAAGAUGCAGAGUGCCAUGCAGCCAAACUCCUAGAAGUGAUUGUUCUUCAGUGCAAAGGACGGGGUAUUGACCAGUGUAUUCCCCUCUUUGUGGAGGCUGUUCUGGAGCGCUUGACACGAGGAGUUAAAACAAGUGAGCUUCGUACCAUGUGUCUUCAAGUUGCCAUAGCUGCACUCUACUACAAUCCUGACCUACUUUUGCACACCUUGGAGAACAUCMGAUUUCCACACAAUCCUGAGCCCAUCACUGCACAGUUCAUAAACCAGUGGAUGAAUGACACAGACUGUUUUUUUGGACUCCAUGACAGAAAGAUGUGUAUAAUAGGACUGAGCAUCCUAAUGGAAUUGCAGAACCGACCCCCUGCAGUGGAUGCUGUGGCUGCCCAGAUUGUUCCUUCAAUCCUCCUCCUCUUCUUGGGCUUAAAACAAGUUUGCGCCUCACGAGAGCUCACAGAACAUGAGGAUCAUGCUAAAGAUGAAAAACACUUUGUAGAAGAUAAUGAAGAGAUACCGAGUGAUGAGGAUGAGACAAAUCAAGUGAGCCAGGCAAUGCAAGAGAACCAGAGUGGAGGAGGAGGUGGCAGUGCUGGAGGUGGAGAGGAGGAGGAUGAAGAUGAYGAUGAUGAUGACUGGGAUGAAGAUGCAUUGGAAGAGACUGCUCUUGAAGGCUUCAGCACACCUCUUGACCUUGAAAAUGGUGUUGAUGAAUACCAGUUUUUUACACAAGCACUUCUAACGGUGCAGAGCCGGGAUGCAGCCUGGUACCAUUCCCUGACUGCGCCGCUGAGUGAGGAUCAGAAGAAACAGCUACAGGAGAUUUACACAUUAGCAGAGCAUCGGAGAACUGCUGCAGAGACUAAGACAAUAGAACAACAAAGUGGCUACACAUUUGAUAACAAAGGACUGAUCACAGCAUUUAACUUUGCUGGAAGUACUCCCGGUGGCAACUGAAGGAUCGGCUACAAAGGUCAAUGAGAAGGGUCUCAYCAUUUUCUUGAAAUCAUCAUGACUUCUGAGUGAUAGGGGAGGUUAAUUUAAUGCUGCUGAAGGUGUUCUGGAAAAUAGCAGUGUGCUUCCCCCACCAGAAUGCUCUUUCUAACCAGCUACUGUAAUGUACAAAUUCUUGUGGUGUUUUUAUAAUUUGAUGGACUGAAAGGAAACGUUUGUCCUCAAGGAACCUGAAUGACCGGGAGGGGCCAGGCUGCAUCYAAUUGAGUUGCACUUCUCAGGUUUUUGCUGUGCAGAAUUGAUAGAUUCAUAUGGAUAACAGUGCCUUCUGUUGUACAUGGAUUGCCUGAACAAAUGGAUUUUGGAGUGCAUUAUAAUUUUUUAAGUGUAAGGACAUUUCUUGAUACACUGUAAGCCUUGGUUCCAUGUUUUCCAAUCACCUGCUUUUUACUGCUCAGUUUAAUUGUUUGUUGGUUKCAUACAAAUUGCUGGAUUCAGAAUAUUAUCACACCUUCCCUAUUUGGUGCAGACCAAAUGUGUAUAGGAAGGUGUYUGGUGGAGUUGAAAAGCAUACACUGGUUAUGUCAAAAGCUCUUAACAAAAUGGCAGAUUUUCCCUUGAUGCAGUAGUCUUAAAUUAUUUCUCUUGGCCAUUAAUUCAACUCGCUUGAGUUACAAUAGCUUGCCUGGCAGGUGGCUGCCCUAAAUCUACAUCAGUAUUAGCUCCUGUCUGGACAAGUGGUGUGGCCCUCUCAUGUAGAUGUUCUACAUGGCAACGUUUUUCUACUAUUAUUGAUGAAUUUUGGAUUAUAUGUGGGAUAAUCUCUUCUGGUUUUAUUCAUUCAUUACCAUUCCAGUUGUAUUACUGAAUAAUGUGGUACAAAAAAUUUGCAAUAUUUUAUUUAUUUUGAUAGAAGAAGAACAGCUUCAAACUUACUUCUUACAGCUACACUCUGUGAUUGUAUUUCUGGUCUGCAUUCUUGUCCCAUGCUGAAAUUUCUUUAUCCGACAGAUUUUUUCCUAACUUUUGAGGACUGUUUUUGCCAGUGGAGGUUUAGACUAGAUACUAGGAAAAAUUUCCUCACUGGAGGGGUGGUCACACAUUGGAACAGGUUGCCCAGGGAAGUGGUGGAAUCAACAUCCCUGGAAGUGUUUUAAUAACACAUGGAUGUGGCACUUAGGGACAGGGUUUAGCAGUGAACACGAGGUUAACAGUUGUAYUUGAUGAUCYUAGAGGUCUUUUCCAGCCUAAAGGRUUCUGUAGAAUGAGGUGUUUGUGGAUAAGUUCAUUUAGAGAGGAAGUGGUAGCAGUACUAAUUUGAAUAGGUGCCCCUCCUUUAGGUCUAUUGAGAUCACAGUGCUGUAGCAAAAAGCAGUAGGGGUGCUUUAGAAUGUGAAGUUUGGAUUGGAGAUAAAACAUUUAGACCCGAUUUGUCUCUAUGUAUUAAUUUCUUUAUGAUUUAAAAAUAUUUACCAAGCAAUCUUAAACACAUACUGAUAAUCUAUUUCUUUACAGCAGUGUCCCAAAUAAAAAGUCAAAGCCUUUCCCAUACCCCAUCAAAUUUUCCACAACUAGUGGAAAUUUGGUUGCUGGCCCUGUGCAGUGCUGAAGCUUUGAUUUUGUCAUUCUAGUUGAGUCURAUAAAUCUGAAGCACUCUGUGCCUUGGCUUCUGGAAAAGGCCAGAGGGUCUCUGCCUGUUCCUUCUGGAAUUUUCCUAGCCUGGCAGYUGGGAGGCAGACAGUUCCCUGUGCUUUCCUGUUUACUGCACCUUUGUCAGACUCCAAGGCUGUUCUCUGCUGCUGCUUCCUUUUAUUUCUUUUGCCCUUCUCUCCCCAGCAGCUUCAAGAGUAACGUUGGCCUGGUUCCUGCAGGUUUUUCACUGAUGCUACUUAGUUAAUAGCAACRGUGAAAAUGUUUCACUUUUAGGCCUGUUGUACAUUCGGAAAACUUUGAGAAUUCCAGGGUCUGUAUUUCCAAAAGGGAACAAUCUGCUGAGCUGCAUUUAGCAGCUCUUUAGCUCAAGCAGCAGAGUGCCAGGAUAUCUUUUAUUUGAAUGUCAGGUUAUGAAAAUUGCAGGUCACUUUUGCUAAUUUAAGCCUGGGGGUAUAUUCACUAAGACAGUAAAUAGGAAAGCAUUAGCUCCAGUUUGCUGGGGAGUUKAUCAGAAACCACAGAAGUUCUGAAGUCCUUCACAAAUCCAAGAAAUGGUUGUUGGAAGUUAAGGGCAUGGCUGCUUUUGCUCUUACCUGUCAAUUGAAGUUAAGUAUUAGGCAGGUAAACUGUUAAAGCCCUUUAUUAUUUUAUUAAAAGAAACAAGAUUGUCAAGCUGGGUUUCUUUCAAAGCCCAUUUGCCKUCUCUACACUGGCAUGCAGAGUAGAAGAUAGAUUUAUUUUUCUUCUGCUAAUGAGGUUGCUUGCACAGUCACAGGCCAAUAUUUAGGAGUUGAUGUGUUCAAGGUAAAAUCUGCUUUUGCAUAGCAUCAUCUUGGUGUCACUCAGCUGAACUAUGGCUGCUCUCUAGUUCUGCUUCUUGUAUACUUUUCAAAUCAACAGCCAAGAAAAUUUCAUCCAGAUGUUUUGUACAAGAGUUUAAUCAGCAGCAUGGAGUUGGGAGUCUCUGUUGUCUGUUUUGCAGAGGGGUCAGAGAUGUCUGGGGGAAUGGCAUGUAAAAAGGUUAAAUGCCUUUCUCUUCCCAGAAGAUUCAUGAGCGAAUGUUUCUAGUGGCAAAAGCAAAUGUUAAUUAUUUUAUUCCUUUUUUUUGAAAAGGGUUUUCAUCCAAAAAGAUUUAUUGGGCUCUGGCCUCCCCUUUAACAUAUGGUUCUCUUAUAACAUGAUAAAUACCCGUUUGUACAUGAUCAUAAAUAGGUAAUGGAUUUUAGGUGUUUCUUUCUGAGUUGUGUCCAGCUUUGUACUACAUUAAAGGGAGAGUAACACAAA